ACCAACAAGUAACUUGCUGGAGGACUUCUGUAAAGAAAAGAAAAGCUUGAACUGGAGUAGCAGACAAGCCAAACCCAGCAUUGCACAUAUUUUACACUUUUAUAUCUGUUCUUCCACAUCCAAAAAUCUCCAACUCCAUUUAAUCUCUAUAACGAUGUCGAUCUUCGAGUACAAUGGAAGUGCCCUAAUAGCAAUGGUUGGGAAGAACUGCUUUGCAAUAGCUAGCGAUCGGAGACUCGGUGUUCAGCUCCAAACAAUCGCCACUGAUUUCCAGAGAAUCUACAAAAUUCAUGAUCGUCUCUUUUUAGGUCUUUCUGGCCUUGCCACCGAUGCUCAAACUCUCUACCAGAGGUUAGUUUUCCGUCACAAAUUGUACCAGUUGCGAGAAGAGAGAGAUAUGAAUCCUGAGACUUUUGCUAGCCUUGUCUCCGCUCUUCUUUAUGAGAAAAGGUUCGGUCCAUACUUCUGUCAGCCUGUAAUUGCUGGAUUGAGUGAUGAAAACAAGCCUUUUAUCUGCACUAUGGAUUCAAUUGGUGCCAAGGAACUCGCCAGAGAUUUUGUUGUUGCUGGCACAGCCUCAGAGUCACUUUAUGGUGCUUGUGAAUCAAUGUUCAAGCCUGAUUUGGAAGCUGAAGAAUUGACAGAAAUAAUAUCUCAAGCACUGCUUUCAUCAGUAGAUCGGGACUGUUUGAGUGGUUGGGGUGGACAUGUCUAUGUUGUUACUCCCACAGAAGUUACAGAAAGAAUCUUGAAAGGAAGGAUGGAUUGAUCUUUUAUUUACGAAGCUGAAGGCCGAAGCCCUUCUACACUCAAGAUUAGAUCACCAGUUUGUCAGUGUAUUCAGCCUUAGACUCAAAUUUGAAUGCGAACCGUCUGGUUUCUUUAAUGAAGGCUGUUGUUCUGUAACUUAAAAAUCAAAGCACACACUUGAUAAGAUUUUCAACUUCAAGCUUGAGUUCUGGUGUAUUGAAUGCAGCUUCUAGUGCUAAGUUUGACUUUUCUUUUUUCUUCAAAUUGAUAUGCACGUAUUUCAUGAAUUAGUCCUUUUCAUCAGA